CCACUAGCCGCAUUGAGGCGCUGUUUCUCGGCUUCUGUCGACUGAUUUCGAACUUCAACCGGCGCGAGCUAUUCCGAUCUCCCACUGCGAUCGCUACAAACUUGACGGCUUCCCCCCACGCGCUGCCUCUUCCCCAACAAACACCGAUUCAAAAUGCGCCCUACUCAGACUCUCCUUGGCGGCGGCGGCAGUGCCCCCGUUGGCAAGCAUGGAAACUUCCUCGGGAACUGGGGCAACUUUGGUGGCAUGAAGCAGAAGGGCAUCGUCUCCUACGGCAUUGCUCCCAACCGCCAGCACCCCCUCGCCGGUGCUGCUCAUGACGCCGUCUUCAACACCUGGAGGCGCUUCAGCUCCCAGGUUCUGUACUGGGCCCCCCCCAUGAUUGCCGGAUACUACCUGAUCAGCUGGGCUGUUGAGAGGAACCACUACCUCAACUCGAAGCAGGGCCGUGCCGAGUUCGGAAGCGAAGAGUAAGGGUUGGAGGGAUUACGAUACCAGUUGGCGAGGGGAUACGUGUGAUAGAUAUAUGUACAUCACAAAGCACGGGAGUUGUGGAUAGACCUGAUUAUUUCUCCGAAUGUGGUCUAUUGGUAUCUUCUGUGGUCAUCUGCAUAAUCAAGGUGUGCAAGAAGAGAAGACGUGCUCCUCCCUGUUAGCCGGAAUAAGGCUGGCAGUCACGCUGGUGCCGAGUCGCCGCGACGGCUUGGGAGGGCCAAUUUCCACUUAUACAUCUGCCAACUGGCUGUGGAACAAGUGUUCCGCACCACGGCCCGAUUGACCCAAGAUUUUGUCUGAGCUACACCUAUGUC